AUGUCACCCUUCCAGGCUUUGUUUUAUCCCAUUUCUUAUCGUCGUAUAUGCUCCGCCUUAUACGCCAACAUCUCACUCUCUUCAGCGUUCCUAAUAGCUUGCGUCGAUCUAUUAUUGGAAUUCACUCUUUCACCCAUCAGAGAAAGCCAUGAUUGUGGUACAAUAGGAUGCUUUGUAAGCGAUUCCUUUCUUCGUUACUGGGGCGCUAGCAAUAUGGCACUUGGUGGUAUCAUAAUCACAAUUUCGACCAUACUCAUUUUCAAAUUGCAAAUGAUGGGAAGGAAGUCACAAAGCAAUGCAUUUUCUACUCGAGAUGCCAAUGUAUAUGCGCAGACGUAUAUGGUCCUGCUCAUUUACCACUCAAACAAUACGAAGAGCACCGGCCGACCUCUCAAGGCCGAGAGACCUCAUCCCGGAGUGAGCAUCCGGGAUGUCUCGCCUUCGAAUUGA